CAGUCAGUGGCGGGUCCGGGGCACUGGUGUUCUGCUUCUGCCCGCUGAGCUGCUGCCUAGGGAAGAGGAAGCCAUGGCGCUCCGGGUCACCAGGAACACGAAAAUUAAUGCUGAAAAUAAGGUCAAGGUCAGCAUGGCAGGCGCAAAGCGUGUGCCUGUGGCCACUGCUGCAGCCUCCAAACCCGGACUGAGACCAAGAACCGCUCUCGGAGACAUUGGAAACAAAAACAGCGAACAGCUACAGGCCAGAGUGUCUCUGAAAAAGGAAGUAAAAACUUCAAUAGCUGGCAAAAUUAUGGCUAAAAAGCUACCAAAACCUGUGGAAAAGGCCCCUGUGUGUGUGCCUGAACCAGAGCCGGAACCUGAUUCUGAAUCUGAACCUGAAUCUGUUAAGGAAGAAAAACUUUCUCCUGAACCUAUUUUGGAAGAGCAAUCAGUCAGACCAAAAUACCUUCUGGGGCGGGAAGUCACUGGAAACAUGAGAGCCAUCCUAAUUGACUGGCUAGUACAGGUUCAAAUGAAAUUCAGGUUGUUACAGGAGACCAUGUACAUGACUGUUUCCAUUAUUGAUCGGUUCAUGCAGAAUAAUUGUGUGCCCAAGAAGAUGCUGCAGCUUGUUGGUGUCACUGCCAUGUUUAUUGCAAGCAAAUAUGAAGAAAUGUACCCUCCAGAAAUUGGUGACUUUGCUUUUGUGACUAAUAAUACUUACACUAAGCACCAAAUCAGACAGAUGGAAAUGAAGAUUUUAAGAGUUUUAAACUUUGGUCUGGGACGCCCUCUACCCCUGCACUUUCUUCGUAGAGCAUCUAAAAUUGGCGAGGUUGACGUUGAGCAGCACACUUUAGCCAAGUACCUGAUGGAACUAACUAUGUUGGACUAUGAUAUGGUACACUUUCCUCCUUCGCAAAUUGCAGCGGGAGCUUUUUGCUUAGCACUAAAAAUUCUUGAUAAUGGCGAAUGGACACCAACUCUGCAGCAUUACCUGUUGUACACUGAGGAAUCCCUUCUUCCUGUUAUGCAGCACCUGGCUAAGAAUGUAGUCAUGGUGAAUAGUGGGCUUACGAAGCACAUGACUAUCAAGAACAAGUAUGCUACAUCGAAGCAUGCUAAGAUCAGCAUUCUGCCACAGCUGAAUUCUGCACUAGUUCAAGAUUUGGCUAAGGCUGUGGCAAAGAACUUGUUCCGAGUGAUGCAGAUCUGUUUUUCCCAGCCGAGAGCAGAGGCGCCUCAGAGCAGAAGCCACCGCAACCGGAGACGGGGGCGGAAAGGCGUGGCCCUGGAGCGGAAAGGCGUGGCCCUGGAGCGGAAGAGGAGUGGCCCUGGGGCGGAAGGGGCGGGCGUGGAGGGCUCCUUCCGGGAGUUGAUUUCGUGGCGGGAAAAGUGA